GCACUCAAAGGAUGUCCAGGCCCAGCACCGCGCCAGCCGGGAAUCGGAACCCUUAGAGGUGCCCUAGGCGGUGUCCCCGAGCUGACGGCAUCACCCCGUCCCGCAUCCUCCUCCCCUCGGUUUUGUUUUUCAUCCCUCCCUCCCUCCUCCCUCCAGUCCGCGACGACUGGCUCUAGACCCGGCUCUGGCCUCGCUGAAGGCUUCUGGUUACUCCCAUUCCCACCCUAUCCUUUAAUUUUAUUCUUUUGAAGAAUCUGCAUUUCAAGCUAUCAAGUUGGAGAGAGUGAUUGCAGAAAGAAGUGUUCACUGUUCAGUUUUUAUUUUUAUGUGAUAAUCUGCCUUUAAGAAAGGUGUGCCAUACCUGAGAGUACCAGAAGUCGAAUGAGAGAUCACCUGAUAAAAGAACAAGUGAUGUUCCACUUCAAAGUGAUGCAUAGGCAGCAUUUAUGAAUUAACUGAUGUGUUGUUAUAUUUCUUCUCUCAUCUUUGUUUCUUGUUUUACAAUUUCAAAACAUUUGUGAUACUCGGUGUUAAGUCUAAAUUAACCACAUUUUGUACCACAAACUCAUUACCCAUGGAUCUUUUGCUGAAACAAGGAAGUCUUAAACAAGAAGCAGAAUCAUUUUGUUACCAAAUUGUAUCUGAAUCAGACAGUCCAAAGGUUGGAGUAGUACAAAGUGAAGAUGAACCAUUGCGGUCUUCAGUUUCUAUAAAACCAGAAGGUGAGCUUUCCAGGGUCAAUUUUAUGUCCAGUUCCAAUAAAAUAGCAACAUUUAGUAAGAAAAUAAAAAGAAGAAAAUAUGAUGAAAGUUAUUUGUCCUUUGGAUUUACUCACUUUGAAAAUCGAGAUGUACCUCAUGCUCAAUGCAUACUAUGUAAGAAGAUUUUGUCCAAUAGCUCUUUAGCUCCUAGUAAGCUUCGAAGACAUUUAGAAACUAAACACAUUGCAUAUAAAGACAAAGACAUCAGCUUUUUCAAGCAGUAUCUUGAUUCACCUGAAAACAGUAAACCUCCAGCACCUAAGAUUGUCAAUACAGAUAAUGAAAGUGCUACAGAAGCAUCAUACAAUGUAAGUUACCACAUAGCCCUGAGUGGAGAGGCUCAUACUAUUGGAGAAUUGCUUAUCAAACCUUGUGCAAAAGAUGUAGUGAUGCGGAUGUUUGAUGAACAGUAUAGUAAAAAAAUAGAUGCAAUACAACUCUCAAACAGUACUGUGGCACGCCGAAUUAAAGAUCUAGCUGCUGACAUUGAAGAAGAGCUUGUUUGUAGACUGAGAAUUUGUGAUGGGUUUUCACUGCAACUAGAUGAAUCAGCUGAUAUUUCAGGACUUGCUGUGCUGCUUGUGUUUAUUCGUUAUAGGUUUAAUAAAUCUAUUGAGGAAGACCUACUCUUAUGUGAAUCUUUGCGGAGUAAUGCAACUGGUGAAGAAAUUUUCAACUGCAUCAACAGUUUUAUGCAGAAACAUGAAAUUGAAUGGAAAAAAUGUGUUGAUGUUUGCAGUGAUGCUUCUAGGGCAGUGGAUGGGAAAAUUGCCGAGGCUGUCACCUUGAUAAAAUAUGUAGCUCCAGAAAGUACCAGUAGUCACUGCUUCUUCUAUCAACAUGCAUUAGCAGUUAAAAUAAUGCCUGCAUCUCUAAAAAGUGUGCUAGAUCAAGCAGUCCACAUUAUCAGUUACAUCAAAGCUCGACCACAUCAAUCCUGGGCACUAAAAAUUUUAUGUGAAGAAAUGGGUGCUCAGCACACAGCACUUCUUCUGAAUACAGAAGUAAGGUGGCUUUCCCGAGGUAAAGUUCUUUUAAGACUUUUUGAGCUUCGGCACGAACUAUUGGUUUUUAUGGAUUCUGCUUUUCGACUAUCCAGUUGCUUAACAAAUUCAUCUUGGCUGCUAAGACUUGCUUAUCUUGCUGACAUUUUUACUAAAUUAAAUGAGGUUAAUCUGUCAAUGCAAGGAAAGAAUAUAACUUUGUUUACAGUGUUUGAUAAAAUAUCGUCAUUGUUAAGAAAAUUGGAGUUUUGGGCCUCAUCUGUAGAAGAAGAAAACUUUGAUUGUUUUCCUACACUCAGUGACUUUUUGACUGAAAUUAAUUCUACAGUUGAUAAAGAUAUUUGUGGUGCUAUUGUGCAGCAUCUAAGGGGUUUGCAUUCUACUCUUUUGAAAUAUUUUCCUGUAACAAGUGAGAGUAAUGCUUGGGUUAGAAAUCCAUUUACAGUAACUGUUAAACCAGCCUCAUUAGUAGCACAAGACUAUGAGAGCCUGAUUGAUUUAACAUCCGAUUCCCAAGUGAAACAAACUUUCAGUGAACUGUCAUUAAAUGAUUUUUGGAGUAGCCUAAUUCAUGAAUACCCAAACAUUACAGGACGUGCUGUUCGUGUACUCCUUCCUUUUGCAACAAUGCACCUUUGUGAAACAGGGUUUUCAUAUUAUGCUGCAACAAAAACAAAAUACAGGAAAAGACUUGAUGCUGCACCUCAUAUGCGGAUCCGACUUAGCAACAUUACACCCAAUAUUAAACGAAUAUGUGGUAAAAAGACACAAAAACACUGUUCUCAUUGAAAUUGGACAGUUUGGGAUGUCUCUUGGUAAUGUAAGAUGAAAAUAAAAGAUUAUUUACUUCAUCUCUAGUAUUGGAAUUUUAAGAAACUAAGUCAAAAAUUCAAAUGUCAUUGCUAUUAUUUCUUACAUUGUAAAUUUCAAAGGGUUCCAUAGUCACAACUGGGAAAUGAUGAUCCAUAAAAUAAAGUUCUAGUUCCUUACUUAGUGUA